AUGUCUGGGUAUACACCGGACGAGAAGCUCCGUGCUCAGCAGCUUGCUACGCUCCGGAGACAGUGGUUGAAGGACCAAGAGCUCAGCCCGAGAGAACCCGUCAUAAAAGCGAAACCCCCGGGCGCCAUCGAGAGGUUCUGGAAUGGUUUCCUGCAGCCCAAGAGCCUGUGGAGGCUUUACGUGAGUGUUUAUACUCAGAAACAUGGUCCUGAUCCGAAAACUAUAGCUACACCUGUGAGAUCUGGACAAAUAGAGUCUACAGAUCCCUUCAAACACUGUUUCCUCCAUAUAUAUUUGAAAUUUGUUAAUUUGUUUACGAUGAUAACGCCUGCGUGUCACUCCACUAUCGUUUAACAGUCUUAUUUUUACCCUUUGGCCUUUUAGAUGAUACCACUGUGCACUAUUUUAGAAAGAUUAACUGUAAUUAUAUGUUUCAGAUGCAAUUAGAAAGAAUAGAUGAUGAAAACAACUAUAACCUAUGGCCCCCUUUUAUCAAGACAAGUCAAUGGUUGUGAAACAAAGUCCAAUUUUAUUGUUUUUUCCUGCUAAUUUUUGUGAUUCCAAGUUAUCAUUACUAUAACCAUGAUUAUUAUUUUGUCCUGAUUUUAUUAUUAUUAUUAUUAUUAUUAUUUUUUUAUUAUUGUCCUUUUUUGUUACAUUUCUUUUUCUUACCUAUUUUAUGUUUUUAUUUUGGUCCUCAUGGUCUCAUUUUAUGUUGUAGGGUUCUUGUAUUACCUGGGGUCCUUAUGAAAAAUGAGAUUGGCCUUCAAUUUGGAGGCCUUGUUUUCAACUGAGCAAUUUUUUUUUUCUUUGUUUUUAUUUCCUUGUGCUGAUGUUCUGUGCUCUAUGACUAUUUGUUGAAGCACUUUGUAAACUUCUGUUUUUAAAAGUGCUAUAAAAAUAUUUUUAUUAUUAUUAUUAUUAUUAUUAUUAUUAUUAUUAAAGUUAUUAUUAUAAAUUAGGGAGAAAGGGUGGAGAUCAACAGCUUUGAUCAGGUUUUGACUGUUAUGAUGGCAUCUGUGUUUUUUUAUUCAUGUGUUAUUGUGAAAAUGCAUCAUUGAUACUUCCUGGUCUCCCUUUGUAAUCUUUGAGUUGCUUGGACCCACAUCAUGAUCCACCACAGUCACAGUGGUUCAUUGUACUAGGUUGAUUUUUAUUUUCAAAAGAAAAACAUUAACUUUAUCAUAGUACGCAGUUAUAUUUCUUGCAUAAUUUUCUUUCCCACCACUUGUUGAAGUAUACAUCAUCUGUUUUAACACUGAGAAUAAGCAGUGUAAGUAAUGAGCGCUUCUGUUCUGUCAAUUCUAAGCUUCCUCUAAUUGUGUAUCUUUUUACAGACCUUCAAAGCAUACAGAGGUGGAGUCUCCACACUAACCCAGCUGUUGAUACCCCUCUGGGUUAUCCACUACUUUGUGAAAUACCAUCUGGCUGUAAGUGAACAUGAAAUCAAACUAUUUUUGAAUGUGAUCUUAUGUAAUUAAUUUUGUUUCUUUAUUAUUAGCUUUGAUAAAGCAUUAGAGUUAAUCAUCUUGGUAGGAUAACAGCCAAGAAAGGGAUUCCUUCUAUGAAGUUGGGAGGGAAAUUUUAAUAAUGUGCCCACUUAUUAAUAAGAAGGCGUACUAAAUAAUCAUGUCCUUUUCCUCCACAGACUACCCCAUGUGGUAUUUUGAACAGAAAGCCCCAUAUAUAUCCAGUAAGUAUGACUAAUCCUACAUGUCUUGUACCUGUCUUGGACAUUCAAUUGAAAAAAACUCUUAAUUACCAUACCCUUGUAUGCUAAAUACCAGCUUUCUUAACUUAAGUAUAGCAAGAUCAGUGUCCAUGUGUGUGAUUUCACUUAAUAACACCUGCUGUGUUGAAGAGUUGCUUCUUUUUUGUUCCAGUAAAGGAGAUUUUGAAGUUUUUGUCUUUCAUUGUGUUUAGGGUGACACGAUCCUUGAGACCGGGGAAGUUAUUCCAGAUCUCCCUGAGAGCCAUGGUCAUCACUAA